AAGCAGGCUUGAACUAUUUCUUCAUUCUCUCAAGUAGACAAGCCUUUUUCUCUCUCUAUCUUCAACCUCGCCCUCUCUUACACCAACACCACCAACAACCCAUUCAACCAAAUUCACAAUGAAGUACUCUUUCGCCAUCGCCCUCAGCACCCUCGUGCUCGGCAUCGCCGCCGCCCCCGCGGCCAACGGCGCCGCUCAGGGCAACGCCAUCGCCCACGCUGAGCGCGGCUACUUCGACUUCCUCCACCACGCCGCCCGCGCCGAAAACCCUACCAAGACCAAGUCCUCCAAGGCGGCCAAGAAGACCAAGCACGCCACCAAGACCCGUCACGGCGGCUCCAUCAUCACCUCCGCCCCUGGCGCACCCGGCAACGGCACCUACAGCCAGUUCGGAAUCCGCGCCAGAAACGGCACCGCCGCCGCCGGCCUCCCCGCCUCUUCCGGUACCUCGGUCCUCAAGGCCGCCCAGACUGUCGCCGCUGGCGCCUCCUUCGAUGGUGGCAUGAAGGCUUUCGACCGCGGUGUCUCCUGCACUGGCCAGGCUGAAGGUGACGACUCUGACGCCGUCUUCAUCCUCGAGAAGGGCGCUACGCUCUCCAACGUCAUUAUCGGACCCAACCAGAUCGAGGGCGUCCACUGCAACGGUGGCUGCACUCUCAAAAACGUCUGGUGGUCUGCCGUCUGCGAGGACGCCUUCACCAUCAAGAACCAGGAUGCCGGCGAGACCACCACCAUCACCUCUGGCGGCGCCUUCGGGGCCGAGGACAAGGUUCUUCAGCACAACGGUGCCGGUACCCUCUCCGUCAGCGGAUUCACCGUUGAGACCUUCGGCAAGCUGUACCGCAGCUGCGGCAACUGCAAGUCCAUGUACGAGCGUCACAUCAUCCUCGACAACAUCAACGCCUCCUCUGGAAAGCUCCUUGCUGGUAUCAACUCCAACUACGGUGACACUGCCACCUUCACCAACAUUGUCGCCAAGAGCGUCAAGGAGGUCUGCACUGAGUUCAAGGGCACCACCCCCGGCAACGAGCCCACCGAGAUCUCCAGCGGCCCCUCUACUUACUGCAAGUACGCCACCUCUGACAUCCAGAGCUCCUAAGCGCGAACAACAAUUAUCGCGAGAUUUGACCGGGCGCUUUUUGUCCCGAGUUGAGAGAUCAUACGUGCCCUAUAUUCCGUGAAAAGGACAUUCGAAACGUAGGCUUGUUUACUUGUAGAUAUUCUUCAUUCUUGUACAUUCCAGAAAAGCGUGUGUAUCUAGAAUCCAAAAUCCCAAGCCCUGCGGGCAAUUAUCAUCGUC